AUGGCUGUGUCUGCCUGUGCAGGGAGAACGCAGCUGGCUCAGCUGAUCUGACUGUCUUGGACUCUCUCUCUCUGUUCCUCACUGCUGCCAACAGCCUGGGGAGAGCAUGAGCAUGACCAUGACCGAGAGGAGCUGGACCCUGCUCAGAAACACGCAAACACACCUGAGUGGGCUGGUCCCUCCUGUCUGAGCAGACUGUGCCACUGCAGCAUACAGCCAGUUUAUCAUUAACUUCCACAGAGGCAGCCUAAGCAGCAGCAGCCACAGCCUGCAUCAGGGGAAGCUCCCAGAGGCCAAUCCUUGGCUCACUGGCAGAGCCUGUUGCUGACAUGGCGAGCUCCAGCCCAGAUGAGCCGCCUGCUAAGGAGACACCAGACACUGAGUGCCCCAUAUAUGAAGAAGUGAUAUGCCUUGACAGAGUGGAGCAGAACCAAAGACUGGCAGUGGAAGAGCUGAUCAAGACAGAGGCCAGUUACGUCCACACCAUCGAGCUGUGUGUAUGUGACAUCCGCGUCCACCUCCAGCAAAAGCAGCUGCCUGACAUAGACCUGGAAGGGCUUUUCUCUAACAUAGAUGACGUCCUCUGUGUCUCCAAACGUUUCCUGAAAGGGUUGGAAGUGACAGUCAGCCAGGAGCCUGAGCAGCUGCUUCUGAUCAGUGCCUUGUUCCAGGAGUUCAAGGAGGAGAUGGAAAGCGUCUAUAAGGUUUACUGUGCCUGCUAUGAGCAAGCUCUUCUGCUGGUGGAGAGUUACAAGAAGGACCCGAGGUUGCAGCAGGAGAUUGUGGAGACCCUGAAUACGACGGUGCCUCACACAGGUGCUUCAGACCUGAGCUUCUUCCUGGUGAUGCCUGUGCAGAGGGUCACCAAGUACCCGCUGCUGCUGCAGAAGAUCUUGGAGAACACGUCAACCAGGGACAAUGCCUACUCUGCCCUACAGAGCGCAGCCAGCGCCAUGCUUGAGAUUAAUGCCAACAUCAACGAGUACAAGAGGCUCAAGGAAGUAGCAACCAAAUACAGCAAGGUCGAGCACCUGACACUGCGGGAGCGCCUUGGCCGUCUCAACAAGCACUCCAUUGCCAAGAAGACCACGCGGCUGAGCCGGAUCUUCAUGCACGAAGCGGGCAUUGUGCCCAAGACAGAGGACAAAGAGUUCGACCAUCUGGAGGAAAAGUUUCAGUUCCUGGCAUCUGGUGUGACUGAGCUGAAGGAGAACGUAACCUCUUACCUGAACAAUUUACAGAUCCUCCUCCUUUCCAAACCACAGGAGUGCGAGCUGGAAAUGGAAGGAGCUGCCCAGCAGUAUCGUCUCCUGGCAGGAAUGCUCCAUCGCACCAUCUUCCCAGAGUUUAGGAGACGGCUGGAUCAGCUGGUUUACCAGCCACUCUGCAGCCUGUCAGAGACUCUGAAGGGACCACAGCAGCUGAUCAGGAAGCGCCUGGACAAGCUGCUGGACUAUGAGGAGAUCGAGGAGAAGAAGAGUGAGACAGGCAACAUGACGUACGAUGAGGAGGCCACCAUGAACACCUACCUUGCCAUCAACACCCUACUGGUCUCUGAGCUCCCCACCUUCAACCAGGUCGCCAUGCAGUGGCUGGGGCAGAUACUGCGCUCGUUUGUGGCCCUUCAGAGGGACUUGGCCAAGCAGGUGCUCCAAGAGGCUGAAAUAGAGCUGGCCCAGCUGCCGCAUAGCCACGUCCCUUUGCCUACUUUCUGGAAGAUGGUGAAGGAGACUUUAAGACAGUCUGGUGCUCAGCUUAACUCCUUCUGCCAGAAAUUUGAGACGGUCAUGCCGAGCCCUGUGGUACAGCCUCUUAGCCCUGCUGAGGAGCGCAGGGUCCUUUCACUUGUCAGUAAACAUGGCCCAGAGAAGCUCUACCAGGUGACAAGCAACAUCAGUGGCAGCAGAGAUCUGGACCUGACCCUGCAGCGGGGACAGAUUGUGGCUCUUCUGCACGAAAUGGACACCAAAGGCAACACUAACAGAUGGCUAGUGGAUACUGGAGGUCAGCGAGGGUAUGUCCUGGCUGGGAAACUCCAACCAUAUCAUCUGGUCCAAAGUCAAAAGCCCAGGAUGCAGAUGCUGGCCCCGGACGCUGGGGCUGAGAGAAGACGGCACUCUUACACCUUACCCGAAACACCCAGGCCACAGGUCCUCGUCACCCCUCCGGCUUUCCAGGUGGUUGCAGGUUAUGCAUUCACAGCCAGGAGCCCCCAUGAGGUCAGUCUGCAGGCAGGGCAGCCAUUGACAGUGCUGGAACCUCACGAUAAGAAGGGAAGCAAGGAGUGGAGCUUGGUGGAAGUCAAUGGACAGCGGGGCUACGUACCUUCCAGUUACCUGAUGAUGGUCCCCACCCAGGAGCUAGGGGGUUGGAGUUUGCCUGCUUGGUCUCUACCAACUCAGCAAACGUAGCAGCAGAAGCAAUGUUCAGGACUGAGCGAUCCACUCCCCUACCCACCCCAUCUCUCAGAGAGGCUUGGCACAUGCAGUGAGUAAAACUGGAAAAUGAGCUGGCAAAGAAAUGAAGAGGCCCUGCUGGACUGAGAACGGGAAGGACAAAAACUACUGACAUAGAAUUUUGCAUGGGAAACUUUGUGUGCAGAAAAGGGGGUGGGUGGGUGUGUGUUACUCUGAGAGUGCCUUUUGUGUUGUCAUGCAGGAGGGCAUGAAGGUAUGAGGGUGUGUUUGUGUCUGCAUCAUCCGAGCCAUUAGCAAUUCUUUUUGAAAAGUCACGGAAGAUGAGAGAGAUUCCAGAGGACUGGAAAAGGGUAAAUACGGUGCCAAUCUAUUAAAAAGGAAAUAAGAUCAAC